AUGGAUAAAAUAUACUUUACUGUCAAUGGGGAGCGGUAUAAUGUUUCGGGAUCUGAGGUAACACCAAACACAUCCCUAAAUGAUUACCUGAGACGCGACCUAGGACUGUAUGGGACAAAAGCGAUGUGCCACGAAGGUGGUUGUGGUGCUUGCGUGGUUUCUGUGGCCCGUAUACAUCCAGUUACCAAAGAAAAGAGAACGGUCGCUGUAAAUUCGUGCUUAGUCCACAUAUUAUCCUGCCACCAAUGGGACAUCACCACUAUCGAGGGUCUCGGUAACCACAAAGACGGAUACCACACACUGCAGACCAGGUUGGCGAACUAUAAUGGGACCCAGUGUGGAUAUUGUACACCUGGUUGGAUUAUGAAUAUGUAUAGCCUUCAGAAAAGCUCAAGCGAAUUAAGUAAGAGACAAGUCGAGAGAGCUUUUGGUGGAAACAUCUGCAGAUGUACUGGGUACAGAUCGAUUUUGGACGCGUUCAAAAGUUUAGCAAUUCCGGAAGAUAGUGUUCAAGACCUAGAAGACCUCCACGAAUUGAAAUGUAAAUCAGAUUGUAAUAAGAAAUGUAGCGACGACGACUGGUGCCUAAUAGAGAAAACGAGCGAAGACUUGUUACAACUUGAUGUUGUUAGUCGAUGGUAUAAAGCAUUUAAUUUGGACGAUGUAUUUAAGGUGCUGAGCAGGGAAGGUACAGAUAAUUAUUUACUCGUUGCGGGAAACACUGGAAAAGGUGUAUAUCCAAACACAGUAGAACCACGUGUCUGCAUAGACAUUUCGUCAAUCGAAGCACUGCAAGAUAUAAACACUGACGACAAUCUGGUUAUCGGUGCUGGAAUGACGUUGACGGAGCUUAUGAGUGUUUGUGACCAGCGGGCUGGGGCAAAUGAGGAUUUUUCAUACAUGAAGACUCUAAGGGAACAUUUGGAUUUAGUAGCCCAUAUGCCAGUUAGAAACAUAGGUACUAUUGGUGGUAAUCUAGCAUUGAAAAAUAGACAUCACGACUUUCCGUCUGACUUAUUUGUCCUUUUCGCAACUAUCGGUGCUGGCGUCACGAUGUUGGACAGUAACAAGACGAAAACAGUGAUAACGAUGAAAGAUUUUAUGCAUACAGAUUUAAAGAACAAAAUUAUUCUUAAUGUUAAGCUUCCACCGCUUUCGCAAAAGAAUUUAAUUAAGACUUAUAAGAUAAUGGUUCGCGGCCAGAACGCCCACGCCAUUGUAAACGCAGGCUUCCUAUUCCAUGUAGACAAAGACAAUAGAGUAAUAUCAUCAAAUAUUGUCUAUGGUAAUAUAAGUCCCGAUUUCGUUUACGCAACGGAAACGGAAAACGUUUUAAAAGGACAGAAUUUAUUUAACGAAAAUGUAUUGAAGCAAGCGCUACUGAAGUUAGAAGAAGAAUUAGUGUUGAAAGAUUAUAGUCCAGAACCAUCGCCGGGUUGCAGAAAGGCGAUUGCUCUGGGAUUAUUUUACAAGGCUAUAUUAUCUCUUAACCCAUCAGUCAGUCCCCGAUACAAAACUGGAGGUGAUGUUCUGUCAAGGGCUAUAUCUCGCGGGACACAGACUUUUGACACGGAUAAAGCGUUGUGGCCAUUAAAUCAACCAGUUGUCAAGUUGGAAGCGUUAGCGCAGUGUUCCGGCGAAGCUACAUAUGCCUGUGACAGGCAUAGUUCACCACGUGAUGUCCACGUAGCCUUCGUGCUAUCUACAAUUUGCGUCGGGGAAAUUGUCUCCUUUGAUCCUGCUGAGGCCCUGAAACUGCCCGGCGUUGUAACUUUUUACACAGCCAAAGAUAUCCCGGGACUCAACUCGUUUACCCCCACAGACAUUCCUUGGGUCUCCGCGGAUGAAGAAAUUCUACCACGCAAAAGAGUAUCUUUUUACGGCCAGCCUAUAGCUUUGAUAGCUGCUACCAACCACAAACUAGCUUUAAAGGCAGCCGAGUUAGUCAAAGUUGUUUACAAAGAAUCGAAGAACAAACCGGUGUUAAACGUGCAAGAUGCCUUGGCUGCACCAGAUAAAGCAGCCCGCAUACGCGAAGACUCGUCCCUCACCCCAACAGACAGGGGUACAGAUGUUAUCCAUACAAUUAAAGGGAAAUUUACAGUGCCAGACCAAUACCAUUUUACAAUGGAGACUCAGAGCUGUACAGUGAGCAACACGAGACGCGGUCUGGUCGUACGGUCGGCGACGCAGUGGAUGGAUUUAGUACAAGCUGCGGUGUCUAAGUCUUUGAAUAUGCCUUUGAACAGCGUGACAGUAGAAGUGAGUAGAAUAGGAGGUGGUUACGGCGGCAAGGCUUCUCGCUCGUCGCUUAUCGCUUGCGCUUGUGCCCUUGUAGCGCACAAGCUGAACCGGACCGCUACGCUCGUGCUGCCGCUUACGCACAAUAUGGCAGCCAUUGGAAAACGGCAGGCUUGUUAUACGGAGUAUGAGGUAGCUGUAAAUGCAUCGGGUGUGACACAGUACGUUAACCUAUCCUACUAUUCCGAUAACGGGUGUUCAUUCAAUGACUCCGCUGCCAGUUCCAUUACCUCCAUGAUGUCCAGCUUAUAUGACGUGUCAAGAUGGAAUGUUAAAGGGUACAGUGUGUUGACAGACAAAGCCAGCAACACUUGGUGUAGGGCGCCAGGGACAACUGAGGGUGCGGCAAUCGUGGAGCAUAUAAUGGAACGGAUUGCUUUCACCACGAAACGUGACCCGUUAGACGUAAAACUCAUUCACAUAUCACCAGAUCACCGUGACCUCAAAGAUAUGAUAGACACAUUCAAAAUUGAAUCGAAACACGAAGAGAGGAAGGUUGAAAUUGCAAAGUACAAUUCGGAAAAUGCUUGGACGAAAAAGUCUUUGAAGAUGUCGAUAAUGUCCUUUCCUAUUGGCUAUGACGGGACCUACCCAGUGACGAUAUCGGUGUACCACGUAGAUGGGAGCAUUUUAAUAUCCCAUGGUGGUAUAGAAAUGGGUCAGGGGAUUAAUACGAAGGUGGCGCAAGUGUGCGCGCAUACUUUGAAGGUACCCUUAGAAAAUAUAAAGGUGAAAGGAGCGGAUAGUUUCAUUUCGCCCAACGCCAUAGCCAGUAGUGGAAGUGUUACCAGCGAAUGCGUAGCCCACGCUACUGUCAAAGCUUGUGAAGAACUCUUGAAGCGACUUGAGCCAGUCAAACAGGCGAUGAAUGAGCCAACUUGGGCGGAGGUGGUGAAAGCCGCGUUUGAAAAAGGAAUAAACCUUCAAGUGAACGCUCUGACGUCCAAAUUGGAUUCCCUGAAAGAAUAUUCAGUGUAUGGAGUAUGUUCUGCGGAGGUCAUACUCGACGUGUUGACUGGAAAUCAUCAGAUAUUAAGGGUCGACAUCAUCGAGGACACGGGACAGAGUUUGAGUCCAUCGUUGGACGUUGGCCAGAUCGAAGGUGCAUUUGUAAUGGGUCUGGGUAUGUGGACAUCAGAGCGUCUCUUGUACGCUCCGUCAGGCCGUCUCCUCACAGACAGGACUUGGACGUAUAAGCCCCCGGGAGCAACAGACAUACCAGUCGACUUCAGGGUCACUUUUAAAAGAAACUCUUAUAACACUAACGGCGUGCUGCGAUCGAAAGCGACCGGUGAGCCAGCCCUAGUAUUAGCAGUAGUUGUGGUGAAUGCCUUACAGGAAACAAUCUUAGCUGCCCGCAAAGAAUUUGGAUACAUUGAUAACGAUUGGGUGCAUGUUGAUACCCCAUACAGCGUCGAAAAUAUACUCAAAGGAAUAUCACCGAAAACGUCUUUUUACAAAUUAAAUUAA